AGAUGGCAUCACUCUACUCAAUGCCAGUACCCCUUUAAUUCAAGAUGUCUACUACCAUGUUGGCAUGUCGUGUUUUCGGCCAACAAAUAUCUAAUUUUGUUGGUUCGACGAUUUCGGUGUUCUCUCAAGUACCCAGAAGAUACAGAUGGAAACUCGUCAAGCUACCAGAAAUUGGCCACGGCAAAGCUUUUCGAAGAAUUGUCCAUUUCAAGGAUAAGUACACGGUGGAGCCUUUGCAGGUUACAAACUUAGGAGGCAGGGAUCCCGUUACAGGUAGAGUAGCGGUCACUGGGAUACUGGAUUGGUUCAGGGAUGGACCUAAGGACCUUAAUGUACCGCCAAAGGAAGAAAAGGUCCUAGAGAUCUUCAAGGACGGUUGUAGGACGAGUUUCGUCGCGUUGGUCGGUACCGGACGCGAAUUGAAAUAUAUUUUAGCCACGAAAAAUAUGAAAUCGGGCGAUAUAAUACGUACUCAUCAAGGAAUACCGCGUAAUCCUGUAAGGCCCUCGGAGGGAGAUGCAUAUCCUCUCGGUGCUUUACCCGUAGGGACUCAGGUUCAUUGCAUAGAGAAAUAUCCAGGACUGGGUGGAUUCCUGAUACACGCUGCUGGCGGCGUUGCAACAGUAUUAAGGCGAGAAGAGGAUCGUGUGAUAAUACAGGUGGCAAAGAAAAGGACUUUCAGCUUGCACGAAACGUGUAUGGCUACGGUUGGACGAUUAUCGAAUACCGAACACAGUAGUACCCCGGUUGGCAGCGCGCAGAAAAAUCGGGAAUUGGGAAAUCGACCAAGGAGUGGAUUGUGGCAACGCAAAACAGGUAGAUUCGGUCGCAAAAUUAGAGCGCCUCCUAAAACUAAACGGAUCGAUUUGUCUACCGCACCACGUCCGGAAAUUCUUGUUUUGGAUAGUAAACACAAUGCUUAAGCUUCAUACAUACAUUGACAACUCACAAUUGCAGAUUAAAAUAUACAAUUAAAAUUUAUUCAGAACACUAAA